AUGGCGGCUUCAAUGGAUAUCGACAAGCCGGGCAAAUACCCGAUCGUCUUAAGUGAUGCUUUGUUAGGAAAGACCUCCAAGGAAGUCUACACGGGCAUCAGGUAUAAUCACAAACCUGACCCCACGUCCGAUUCAUCUCCAAGCUCGAUGCAUCUCGAGCCCUCGGAAUCCGACCCCGCCAGCUACGACCUCUCUUUCGCAGACAACUCCGACAAAUACUCCUACCAUGGCGCACGAGCGUCCGCCGAUGGGCAAUAUGUUCUUAUCUUCGAUCCUCUCAAGAAGCAUUUUGUGCUGCACCGUGUCGACUCGACGUUCAACAUGAACCUUGUUAGCGCACCGUGGGCUGAAGACGAAUCUAUGCUGCGAUCGCAAUACCAACAAUUGGAAACACCCAGGGCAAAGGCUGCAGCCACGGCACAGCCUCCUAGGCGAAAACCUUCGAAGGCAGCGAAAAGUGCCCCAGUAGCGGUAACAAAGAACGACCCAGCAAAACGCAAGAAGGUCGAGAAAGCCACGAAGCCCAAACCUCCACCCCGAGAACCCACUCCCGAAGAGGAGGAAUCAGAUGAUGGCCUCACCAUCGAAUAUCCGGAUGGUGGACCUAGUUCCCAACAAUACCAAUACAAAUCAACGCCUGUAGUUCAACGAGAAGCCAGCGAGGAAGUUAGUGAAGAGGAUAGCGAUGCUGACGGCGAGGAAUACGAAGCGGAGCGAAACCAGGAUGUGGAUCAUCUUAAAUUACCAAGUCCUGCGAAUAACGGUGGAGGUCUCAGUGAUGAGGAUAUUGAGUUGGAUUUGGAAGCGGAAUUGGAACAGGCGUUGAAGGAGACAGAGGGCCACGGCGCUGACGAAAGCAGCAGCGAAAGCGAGGAAGAAUAA